GCGGCCUCCUGGCCGAUCUGUUACCGAAUCCCAUUGGUGCCAUUGGCGCCAUGUAUGGUUCAAUUGUUGGCCCCAGUGAUGAGGAGCGAACCUUUGCAGAAUCCGCAGCUCCAUAUGUGGCAGAGUUUGUCGGGACCUUUUUCCUGGUCUUCACAAUUGCCUUGAACACCAUGGUCAUCACGUCUUCUGCAGCGAACGGUGUCAUGCUCAUGGUGUUGGUUUACGUCUUUGGCCCCAUCUCAGGGGGGCAUCUGAACCCUGCAGUCUCCAUGGCAUGUGGAUUGGUUGGCCGAAUGCCCUGGCCGCAAGUGAUCGCGUAUUGCUUGCUGCAAGUCUCUGCAGGGCUGUUAGCAGGAAUGGCAUGCUACGAGGUUUUUCAGGUGCCCAUGGGCGUGGCGCCCAUUGCGCCGUUCGGAUUCUGGGACGCGGCGUUUCUGGAAGCGCUGUACACUGGGAUGCUUUGUUUCGUUGUGCUCAACGUGGCUGUGUCCAGGAACAACAACCCGUCCCACGACCAGAACCACUUCCUGGGUCUUGCAGUCGGCCUGGUCCUGAUCGCUGGCCACGCAGCUGGACACGUCUCCGGGGCCGUGCUGAACCCCGCCGCUGCCAUCGGCCUGGAGAUUGUGGGCACGCAGAGUCGCGUCGUUGCGCCAGCUCCCUGGGGCCUCGCCUACGCCGGCAUGGAGAUCUUCGGCGGUUUGGUUGCGGCCGCCUGCUACCUGGUCGCGCGACGCCACGAACGCCACGAGGCCCAGGACCAGCCGCACUUCAGCUCCAGGUGGUUUUGCGAGUUUUAUGGCACGACGCUUCUUUGUGUGACUGUUGGUCUUGGCACGCAGCCCAAUGCCGGUACACCUUGGGUUGCUGGAGCUGCAUUGGCUUCCAUCGUUUAUGCUGUGCACGAUAUCAGUGGUGCACAUGUGAACCCAGCGGUUACCUUGGCAAUGGUGCUCAGUGGAAAAUGCCCCUUGGGGCGAGGCCUUGCCUACUGGGCAGCCCAGCUGCUUGCAGGGAUUGUGGCAGGGCUGAUAGUAGCAGGCUACUUCAGCAUAGCAGGCAGCGGGCAGAUAUCUUUACAGCCGAAAGGCGACUUUAGUUGGAUAAGUGUUUUUGCGGUGGAGGCUGCCUUCACAUGUAUACUGGCAUUGGUCGUCCUGAGCGUCACGCCUUCCGCGCAGAACCUUUUCUUUGGCCUUGCCAUUGGAGCUGGUCUUACGCUGGGCGGCUUCGCGGCCGGACCGAUUUCAGGACUCCUGAAUCCGGCGGUGGUGUGGAGUCUGGCCACAGCAGGCACCAUUCAGUCCUCAGACCCGCAGGUGUUCCACGGCUUGGCGCUCUGUUUGUUUCAGCUCUCUGGCGGGGUUUUAGCUUCAUCGCUGUUUCUGAGCAAAGAGAAGCGGCCUUUCAAGGCACGCUCGAUGGACUAGAAUCGCGCGCCGUUGUGUGGAGAAAAGGAG